AUGUGCAAGAAUAAUAACAACCGAGUUCAACAAGAUGUCUCGUCCGUCGACAAGGAUUGGACUGACAAAGACAUGAAGCCUUCCGAGCGAAAGACUCGCGAUCGCAUCUUGCCGAAUGGCGUUGUCCUGAAAUUGAUGAAACGAUCCGACUGGUUUGGAGCCAAGCGUUUCCUUUCCAACAUGUCUUUCAUGGCAUUGACUGCAUAUGCCAUCUAUCGCACCAGCAUCCAUUCCGACUUUGCGGAGUCGGAGAAUUUGCGACAACUUUGGUCGGUACUCUCCUCGCCAAAAAUGUUCAUCUUUGCUCCACUCUACUUCUUCUAUGGAUUCCAAAUGCAAUGCAUGGGAUUUGGAGGAGGACACGAGUUGCUGCAUGGAAAUGCCUUCAAGACAAAGUGGGUCAAUACUGCCGUGACCUUCUUCGUCAGUACUGCCUUCUUUGAGGUCCUUUGGCAUGAAAAGAUCAACCACAAGCAGCAUCACAUCUACACCCUCGACAUUGAUCGGGAUCCCGAACUUACAAGCUUUUACUCUCGCGAGGAGCUUGAGAGCUUAGAGUUUAGCAGUGUUCCAAGUUCUCGAUACAGCUACUUCAAGUCCUUCUGGGAUGUCUUCAGCUACUUCCAUCAUCGCGUGUGUCGUCUUGUGAGUUCUUCCAUGGGAAUUCUAACCGACUACACAGGCAUUGGUUGGAGCAUGAAGAGCCCAGCCCGUGAGGACUUUUCUCACUCUGUCGUGGCCGAGCUUCAAUUCUUCUCGCUUCUUCAAUUGGGAGUUUACGUUGCCAUCUUUACAACCUACGGCAACAAUCUUGAAAACAUCAUGACCUUGUGCUUUUGGUGGAUUCUCCCUUGCGUCAUUGGUUACGCUCCCAUCAACUUCUUCCGCAACGCGGAACACGCCGAGUGUGACCACGUGACCAACCAACUGCAGAAUACAAGAACCGUGGAGUCCAACGUCGUCAUCCGAUGGCUGCUGUGGGAAACCAACUUCCACGCGGAGCACCAUGCGUACCCAAUGGUCCCCUUUUUCAACCUGCCAGUCCUUCAUGAACUUCUGGAUUCUCACAUCAAGCACAAUGAGAUCAAGUCAUUUACAGCCCAGAACUGGCAGAUGAUUCGCGCUGGAGGGUGGAUCGAUCAACAUACCGGUAGUAAUAAUUCUUAA